CCUGCUGAAGAGGAAACGCGCUCUCUCGUUGUGCGCGUGCGAGCGUCGCUUCAAACAAUAGAAGGUGAAGGUUUAUCAGUGCAGAGAUGUCUAGUAGUGUGAUCCGCGGCCCUGCUGGAAACAACGACUGCCGCAUCUAUGUGGGGAAUCUGCCGCCUGAUAUCCGCAACAAAGAUGUCGAAGAUGUGUUUUAUAAGUACGGAGCCAUUCGAGACAUCGAUCUGAAAAACCGACGAGGCGGACCUCCAUUCGCCUUUGUCGAAUUUGAAGACCCAAGAGAUGCAGAAGACGCUGUUUAUGCACGUGAUGGCUAUGACUAUGAUGGCUAUCGUCUCCGAGUGGAGUUUCCCAGGAGCGGGAGAGGAGGUUUUGGUGGCGGAGGUGGUGGCGGCGGAGGUGGUGGUGGUGGUGGCGGAGGUGGUGGGGCUCCUAGGGGUAGAUAUGGACCCCCAUCCAGACGUUCAGAGUACAGAGUAAUCGUUUCAGGGCUUCCACCAAGCGGGAGCUGGCAGGAUCUGAAGGAUCACAUGCGUGAAGCAGGUGAUGUAUGUUACGCUGACGUUUUCCGAGAUGGAACUGGUGUGGUGGAGUUUGUUCGCAAAGAAGACAUGACCUACGCCGUUCGCAAACUGGAUAACACAAAAUUCCGGUCCCAUGAGGGAGAAACUGCGUACAUCCGUGUGAGGGUGGAUGGUCCCCGCAGUCCGAGCUAUGGAAGAUCAAGGUCAAGGAGCCGCAGUCGCAGCAGGAGUCGCAGCCGUAGCAACAACCGUAGCCGAAGCUACUCCCCACGCCGCAGUCGAGGAUCCCCGCAGUACUCUCCUCGCCAUAGCCGUUCCCGCUCUCGCUCCUAAACGAGCCCUUGAACCAGUUGUUUUUAGUCUUUAUACAAACCCCAUGUUUUAAUUCCACCCUUCUUGUUUCAUAAGACCAUGAUCAUCUUAUACCUUUCUGUCCUUUUAUUUUUCUCUCCCUCUAUUGGUUAUUUUUAAACAUGCAUUUUUAACAGGACCCAUCUUUUUUUUUUUUCUUUUUUUUUUAUUAACUACAAAGUGGAAGUCUUUUUCAUAGACCAAACAAAGGGUUAUGUAAUGGCUCCCAAUAUUUUUGUAAAUGCCAUGUAUGAAAGUUAUUCAUGGGAUAGUGAAUAGUUCCACCAUUGUUUUAUGCUGUCUUCCUCUAGACGUGAUACAGAACUGAUGCUUUGCAAUAAAGGAUUACUAAAUCUAUACUGUUGCGUAAAAGGGUGAAUUUGAACUCUAGAACAAAUUCUAUUCCAAAAAAAAAGAAAAAA